AUGGCCGGCGAUACGGACGCGCCUGCGAAUGGCACCACGGCGAACGGUCCUAAACACGAUCGCAAAACCACCAUAAACCCUUACGAGACAGAUCCUGAAAUCAUUCCCAAGGAUGAUCCCUUCCUGGCUCGAAGCGCACUAUAUGGUCGGUACAUGGCACGUGACAGUGAUUUCCGCCCCCGCCAUGAUCGCUGGCACGAGGCCGAUUCCGAAGCCAAUUCGUACUGGCAGGAGGUUGUGAAAACAUCAUGUACGCCGGAGAAUUCGUUGAACAUACCGGGGGAACGGGAAGCUUUUGCUGCGGGCAGCAUUGUCAUCCGAGUCGACAGCGAGGUGGUCACCGAUGAAGCUGCAACAAUGUUUUCAUGUGCCAAUGCGAAUGAGCUGAGUGCUGCGAGAAAGGCAGAAGACGUUCUUCGGGAUAUGGACGUCACUGUGCCAGUCGUAUACUACUGUGGGACUGUCGACGGGAAGAAUGUUACGGUGGAGUCACGGCUUCCGGGCGUUUCUCUGGACGUGGCUUGGGGAUACUUGACAGUUGACCAGGUCGACAUGCUCAAAGAUCAGUGUCGUCGAGUGUUGGAGCGUCUAGGAGGCGUCGAAACGGCGCCGGAGCCUUCCUACGUUUGCCGCGGACUCAACUCACAUAUCCCACCAGGGAUCUCGGCUUCCGAGAAAGAUAUACUGUUUAAGGAACCCCAGGAAGAUGAGAGUCUAUGUUUUGUGCACAAUUGUAUGGCUCGGUCAAAUAUCAUUGUCAACGACGAUCGCAUUGUGGGACUGCUUGACUGGCGGAAUAGUGGAUUCUUUGGCCUGCAAAGAGCGAGUAAGGUACAUCGACAAUUCAGGGGUGAACAUGAGGACGGCGAUUCUACAUGGGCCGAUAUUUACGAGGGUGUGUCUUGUUCUAGAGGGGGGGAUGAGGCUACAGGAGAUCGGUCUGUAACCGCGGCCAGAGUGAAGUCGGAACCUUCUCAGAUGAAUUUGGACAAGGUUCCCUUGGACGAGAACGACGAAGUGAAAAACGAAUUGCCUCAGUUGGACGGAUCGGACCUGCCCGAGGAACACCCUACCUCAAAAAAGAUCGCGGGUCUCAGGCAAGGGUCAGCCUCCAGGGCGUCGUCCUCCGAUCGAUCAUCCCCACCGGUGUCUGUAAAGCCCGGCUCGUCCGUUCGGAAGUCGACCACUGGAGCUACCAAGAAAGGCACGGGAAGGAAAUCUACCGGCAAGAAACGCAAGCUCGACGCAGACGAAGAGAGUGUCGAUUCUCGCCGAUCCAACACGCCAUCAUCUACCCGGACGAGCAAAGCUCCGGCAUCAAAAAAGCCCGGCCCUGCGUCUCUCGCCAGCUCUCCAGCCCCCGAGCCGCCGAAGAAGAAAGGGAGGCGGAAAAGCACGAAGAAAUCCGUCGAAGACGACGAGGACUCAGAUGAAGAUGGCGGGGUAUUCUGCAUCUGUCGCAAACCUGAUAACCAUACGUGGAUGAUCGGUUGCGACGGAGGCUGCGAGGAUUGGUUCCAUGGGAGGUGUGUGAACAUUGACCCACGAGACGCCGAGUUGAUCGACAAGUACAUCUGCCCGAACUGCCAUGAAAAUGGCAAAGGCCGCACUGCAUGGAAGCCGAUGUGCCGGCUGACAGAAUGUCGCAAGCCCGCUCGCUACCUCGAAAAACACCGCAGUAAAUAUUGCUCUGAUGAGCACGGGCGAGAAUUCAUGCGACAGAAGGCCGCGUAUCUCAACCUGGACUUUGACACAGGAUUCCAACGGCGAAUUCCCACAGCAGUCAACGGAUCUGCCACUCCAAAUGGAGUAGCUACAAACGGUCGCCCCAGCGGCGAAGCCGACGACCUAGGCAGCCGCGGUGGCGUCCUCACAGCAGCCGAUCUCAAAGCCGUCGCCACAGGAGUAUCCUCCGUCCGGGAGUUCCGCAAGCUCGGCGCACGGAUCGUGUCCCCUCCUCCAGACGAGGUGGAGGAAGACGCAGAGACGGGGACGAAGACGAAGCGCGAGAAAAAACUGGGUCUGGACGCGGACGUCGACGGGCUCAGUUACUCGCCGGACGAGGCAUCGAAGCUCGACGAACUGCGCCAGAAGCGCGCCGACCUGCUCCACCGUCAGCAGAUGCUGGAAACGCGCAACACGUUCCUGGGGCUCGUCCGCCAGCGUUCGAAGAGCGUGCUCGAGCGUCUGAAGCAGUCUGAUCCCAAGGGCGGCUGGAAGGACAUCUGCGGGUUCGACUCGCGGCUUGCCUGGUCGGACGAGGAGUUCGACGAGUGGCGCCUGUCCGAGCUGGGGUUCAAGGCCCUCGUUGAUGGCACCCCCGAGGCACUGGCCUCCAGUUACCCGGAUGAGGCGGCCGACCAGGACGGCGACGUCCACAUGAACGGGACGAAACCCGACGACAACGAUCUCUCCAGCGCGACCCGCGGCGUCUGCACUAAGAAGCGCUGCGAGCGACACAAGCAGUGGGUCAAAGUCCACCAGCAGGAACUCCUCUUCGAGGAAGAAACGCUCAGUCAGGACCUGGCCAAGUGCGAGAAGGAGGCGCAGAAUGUCGUCGAGCGCGCGGUCCUGCGUAUGUGGGCCGAGAAAGACAACGCCCAGGUUGGAGGGCAAUGAUCUCACUCUGCAUUAUACCAUCGUCACCCCUACCAAUUUCUUCUUCGCCUUGCUCAUCACUCUUGGGAGCAUCACUUUAUGUCUUACAAACGCUGGAAACAACAAAAGUACUGAACGUGCUCAAUAUCAUUGAUACCCUUUUGCGGGAUAAAGGUGGGAUAUUUGAAAUGGAGUUUUCUUACGAAUCUCUUGGGCAGCGAGAGUCGCUACAUAUCAGAAGCAUUGAUUGGCGUUAGUUUAUUCUGUUUUUCUCUUUAUUUACUUAUCUUUCCUUCGUCAAGGUCAGGGAAACUAAAAGCCCGGUGAUGAGUUGGCUGUAUGGAUAUUUGGUGGAUAGAUAGAC